AUGUCGUAUCACGGCGAUCAAAAUCAUCAAUAUCAAACGUUAAUAGAACCAACUGAUGAAUUUUUGGCACAAAUAUUUCAAAAGGUUGAUAAAGAUCGUUCGGGUGCAAUUACAGCGAAUGAAUUAGAAGAGGCCUUGUCAAAUGGAUCAUGGACAACUUUUAAUCCGGAAACGGUUCGAAUGAUGAUUGGUUAUCGUUUAUCCGAUCGUUUUGUGGAUUUAUUAAUAAAAAAAUUCGAUCGUUCAGCAUGCGGUACUGUGGCAUUUGAUGAUUUUAUACAAGCGUGUGUUUCAAUACAAACACUAACAAAUUCAUUUCAAUCUUAUGAUCGUCAACGCAACGGUUCUAUCACAAUUGGAUAUGAAGAGUUUUUAACAUUAGUGUUUACUUUAAACAUGUAA